GUGAGUGGCACAAUCAUAUCACGUGACCACGGCGCGGUUGGUUUGGGACACGCCCCGCUUGCGUCUCAGUCCCAACAAACGAGCCGCGGUGUGGCCACCAUCGCUUUCUUCUCGACGUCCACCUCUAGCUUCGACCCUAUGCUCUAGGAAAUUAAAUGCCGCACGAAACGCCCUCCGUGCAUCUAUGCCAACGUUUCAGUUCGCUCAUAUGGGCCUGUCUCGACGCCGAUCUUCACAAGUCUGCAUUAUUCUAUGCUGAACGGUACUAUGUCCUCGACACCACAAAUCAUGACGCUCGUCACCUAUACGCUACCGCACUUCUUUGCUCUGGGCAAGCGCAUUCUGCUUUAUACUUUGUCAGCACGGGGGGCGCGACAGAGUCUCGGUGUACUGGUUGCCUUGAGAUCAAGUCAAGGUGUUGUGCAGCGCUAGGGCGUCAUAGACAGGCUAGGGAGGCUCUUGACGCGAGUAUACGCGAUUCAUCGUAUACACCGAGUCUCUCGAUGGGCUCAAGAACCACAAAGCCAUUCCCGGAAGAAUCCGUUCUGCACUGCCGCUCUGGGAUGAUGGCAGCCAAGGGAAACCUCAUCGAGAGCGCUGCACUCAGCUUCAGGCAGGCCCUCGCUCUGAAUCCGAUGCUCUGGGACGCAUUUGAAGGCCUGUGUUCUCUGGGCAUGGUACCAGAAAUAGAUGAGCUCUUCCCGACGCGACCAACGCCCGUCAAGCAGGGUCAGCCGGAAGAAGCGAGGCCUGUCCCAGUUGCAACAGGUGCCGGAUUUUUCACGCCUGACGCUGGCAACGGCGGUAACCUAUUUCGCGCCUGGAAGCCCGAUGCAGGCCAGCUGCAGCCGUUCCAGAUGGGACAGCUCGGCCCUCGCGAUUCAAUAGCCACCGCCGACUCGUCUUUCUACCCCGAUACGUCCAUCCUCCAACCAAUGCGAGCAAGUAAAUCGCAGCCGACGGCGUUGGCGGCUCACCCACCAGCUGUGCGUCCCCUUUCUUCAGCCGAUGAGGCGGGCCCGGUGACCAAGAAGCUCCGCUCUUCUGUGCGGCAGCGCACGGCUCCUCCCUCCUCAAACGCGGCGGACUCGAAGAUGAAUCUGAAGUCAUCCAAGUCUGCUGGCGCUCUGCACCCAGGGGCGGACGACCGCUCGAAGAGCUCAAAGGCACGCGCACGCCCGGCCCUGACGAAUGCUAACAUCUUCUCAUCAUCCGGUCGUCCUCCUCAGACUGCGGCGUACUCCAAGUUGCAUGCCGCUGGCGCUGCUGUGGGGAAGCACUUGCGUGAGCAGCAGCCAGCCGCGGGCCCCGGGACAAGACGAAGUACGCGUCUCAACAGUGGUACAAGCAGCAAGCCCCUAGCGAUCAAGCACACGACCAUACGCGACCGCCGGCGAGCUCAGACAAGAGCCCGCUCAAACACGAUGGAAUCGGAUAUGGACGAAGAUCCUCCGCCAGGUGGCGAGGCCUCACCUUCGCCCCCUCCCGCUCCUCAAUCUCCACAUUCGAACGCCUCGCCUGGUCCGAGCAGCUGGACGGCUGCACAAGAACGUACAGCGCAAGAAGCAUACGAGCUCGAGCUUGCCGAUUACCACAUCUAUGAGCUGAUGCGACUAUUCGCUCGUGCAACUAGGGCAAUGGCCCUGUACGAUUGCCGAAAUUGCUUGGAGGAACUCGAGAAGCUGCCCACUACGCACCAACGGUCCGCAUGGGUGAUGGCCAUGGUCGGCAAAGUUCACUAUGAACUCGGCGAGUAUGCUGCUGCAGAGCGCGCUUUCGAGGCCGUGCGCAACCUUGAGCCUUAUCGCGUGUGGGAUAUGGAAGUGUACUCUACACUUCUCUGGCAUUUGCAGCGAAACGUCAAACUGGCCUUUCUCGCACAGGAACUGGUAGCGACGGAUCCGCGAGCGCCCCAAGCUUGGAUCGCAGUGGGCAACUGCUUCUCCCUGCAGCGGGAGCGGGUGCAGGCACUAACUUGUUUCCGACGCGCGGCACAACUUGAUCCCAACUGCGCCUACGCGUACACGCUCAGUGGCCACGAGUCGAUCGACGAAGACCUGGAUAGGGCCAUCAACUUCUUCCAAGCCGCUUUACGUGCUGAUCCACGACACUACAAUGCAUGGUAUGGCCUGGGCACCUGCUAUAUGCGCAUGAGCAAGAUUCGCCUCGCCGACUACCACUAUCGGAAGGCAGCGCAAACACACCCCCAGAAUGCCGUGCUGCUGGGCUGCGUGGGCAUGGUCACCGAGCGGGCCGGCGAUCGGGACAAGGCCCUGGACGUAUUCAACGAGGCGGUUCGAAUCUCGCCGGACAACGCGCUUGUGCGUUAUCGGCGGGCGAAGAUUCUGAUCUCACUGAAGAGAUACACGGCGGCAGCGGAAGACCUCGAGUUCUUGCGGGACACAUCGCCGGACGAGUCGAACGUGAUCUUCCAGCUGGCGAAGGUGUACCGGCUGCUGGGGGACAGCGUGAAGGCAGCGCAGAUGCUGGCUGUGGCGCGGGAUGUGUCGCCGAAGAGCGUGAACAAGAUUCGGAAGCUGUUGGAGACUGUCAAGGAUACGGAAGCGGGGUCGGAUGUGAUGGACGAGGGAUGAGGCGGGCCGCGUGCGUUGCCAUUGCGCGUUGGCUGGUGUACAUAGCGGACUGUGUUCGCGACUAUUGAUUCUGGCGUGUUGUUGUACUGGUAUGCGGCGGAUGGUGUGAUGGAGAGCGCUGCGAUGAGGCGUUGUGGUUGGUGGGUCGCGUGCUGUGGCGAGGCGGGG